AUGAAGGUCUCCAUGGCUGCCCUCGCUGUUCUCAUCGCCACCUUCUGCUACCAGAACUCCGCUGCGCCAAUUGGCUCUGACCCGCCGACCUCCUGCUGCUUCACCUACACCUCCCGGCAGCUGCCCCGCAACUUCGUGGUAGAGUACUAUGAGACCAACAGCCUGUGCUCCCAGCCGGCCGUCGUGUUUGUCACGAGGAAGGGCCGCCAAGUCUGCUCCAACCCUGACCAGGACUGGGUCCAGCAGUACGUGAACGAGCUGGAGCUGAACUGA